GCUUUUUUUCGGCAUCGCUCGGUUGCGCGCGUUACUGUAGUGGUAUCCGUGGCCGAGAAAUUCUAUAUAAAAGUCUACGGCAUUCAUAAUUUCUUCUUUAUUUGUUGUCCAAAGGUGCUGCCGAGUGCUGUUGCUGCGACGUGAAAUUGAAAGUGGGCCUCCACAGCAACGAAGCCUUGGCAUUAAAUAGAGAAAACCAAAACACGCCAAGUCACUUAUCGACUGGCGGGAGGAGCAUCCGAAGGCGAGCAUUGAACAAACGGCGAAAACGGUGUAUUAAUAAUUUUCGGAACAAAAAUGUACUCCUCAAAGAUGACAGUAUGGAGCUUGCUUGGAUGUUUGGCGAUUCUGGCGGGAACUUCCUGGGCGGCGUAUGAAAGACCUCCAUAUGUGCUGCCCUGCCGCCGAAGUGAUCCCGAGAUCAACAAGUGCAUCAAAAACUCGUUCAACUACAUCCGUCCGUACAUCGCGGGUGGGCUGACCGAACUGCGUACUCCCCCGUUGGAGCCUCUACGGAUCGAAGAACUGGCCAUGGAGAACAAUGCCGGAGCAGUGCGGAUAAAGGCCCUGUUCACCGACAUCGUUGCCAGCGGAGCAGGAAACUACACCAUCAAGGAUGUGCGUAGUGACGUGAAGAAGCUACGAAUUGAUAUGAGCCUGGGAAUCCCUCGAGUGGAAACCCGGGGCAAAUACGAGAUCAUCGGAAAUGUACUGCUGCUGCCCGUUCGUUCCAAUGGCGAAUUCUGGACCGAGUUCUCCGACAUCAGUGCCAUCGCCAAAAUAUACGGCAAACCGGUUGAGCGCGACGGUGAGACGUUCAUGAGCAUCGAAAAGAUGCUGGUCGACUUCACAAUGAAGAACGCACGCUUCAAGGUUAAGGAUCAUGUCAACACCCAGAAUGUUCUAGGAGAGGCCAUCAAUCAGUUCUUGAACCAGAACGCCAACGAGUUGGUUCAGGAGAUGAGACCAGCUGCUUCGCAAAGUAUUGCCAAACUGUUCCGCAAGUUCCUGAACGAUGCCUUCAGCAACAUCCCGAUGCGGCUGUGGCUGCUCGAAGAAUAGGGGAACAUAGGUCAACUUUUCCUGUCCGUUGACAAAGCGUUGUUCAGAUUGUGUGUGCGCGUGAGUGUGUAAAUGCAGUCGCAGUAUAGUGAUAAGCGCUUCUACCUAGCCGCUAAGUGAUAUGUUAGUUUGUAAGACUUGAUCUUUCGGCCGCAAUAGAACAGUUUUCAGAUAAACUUAGGACGAUGGAAUAAAUACGGGCCAACUAGUCGGAUUUUUUUCUACUUAGAAAAAAGACAGACCAAGAAGCAACAUGUUAUUAUUUAUUGAAAGUGUAGUGCUAUCGUGAAGAUCUUUUCUUGUAAGUAUUGCAAAUCCACGUAUUUUCGAAGUCAGGAAUCUCUCCGAGUUAGAUGAGAGAGAGAGAUUGGCUGGUACUAAGAAAAAGAGGCAGAAACGUACAAAAAACCAGAAUGCGAGUAAUGAUCAUCUAGAGUGUAAGAUUCAUGUAAUUGUAAAUACUAAUAAAGUAUUGUAUGAUGUAAUUUUAAACAAAAAUCAGGACAGUUAUGAUCAAUUCGAAAAAGAGUAAAUAAAUAAAGUUCGAAAGCGAGAAA